AUGAAGAUGCACGACGUCGUUUUCUCCUCCAGCUGUUCACCGUCAAGCGCGUCCUCUCCUUCCGCUACAUCAGGGCUGAAGAGGUGUCUAAUGCAGUCGCCAAAAUUUUUCGCUCCAUCGCUAGUGGCAAAAGUUGUGGAUCUCAAGCAAUUGAUAUUUGUGUUGACCACUACCAUGAUUUCUAGGGCAGCUCUCGGCAAGGCUCCCAAGGUGAUGACUGAGAAAUUCGUGGAGGUUGCUGAGGAAAUGGCAUUUCGUUUAACCAUGGAAGCCCUCAAAGGUGUCCUACUUGAUAUGUUUCUUGGUGGGACUGACACGACAACAUCAGCGAUAGAGUGGACAAUAAUAAAAGUCGAAGAUUUUGAUAUGAGAGUAGUCUAUGAUACCUUGCUGAGGAAGAAAGAAAAGUUGUACCAUUUUCCUACGGCGCCUACGAGGUCACGAUGA